CAAUUACACACAUUUUAAAUUUACCUUUCUUCAACAGUCUUAGAAAUAAUUAAUUGACUCAAUGUUGGAAAAAGAAGCAUGGUGUCAACGUUUUGUUUUUUGAGGAUAGACGAGAAGAACAACUCAUGGGAUCAUGUAGUGUAUGUAAAACUAGGUUCAACUUUGGAAAGGCGCUGUCCAAAGUGUCAGUGUGUUUUACCAUGAUCGUAAUUUGUACCUACUUUUUCUACUGUCUAACCGAAUUUUGUGACUCGGCGCCAAGACCAGUUUAUGACAGACAAUUUCUAAACCGGCACUAUAAUGUCAUGGAUGUUAUUGAUGACAACCUGCGACCAUCAGAGCAUCUCAGUCAACUCCCCGAAACACCGACUCGAUGGAACAGUACAGUCAUUUCAACUAGAACCGCUUUAACCGUUGCCGUCAAACAGGUGGAAGGAGUCGGACGGCAAAUGUCAGACGGUAUCCCCGUGUCCAACACAUUUGGCAGUAAAAAGUUCCCUCAAGCCAUCAUUAUUGGUGUGAAAAAAGGUGGAACGCGCGCUCUGCUGGAGUUCCUCCGUAUUCACCCGGACUUGAGAGCUGUUGGCGCGGAACCUCACUUUUUUGACAGAUUUUUCGAUAAAGGACUCGAAUGGUACAGAAACCUCAUGCCGAGGACUCUGGAGGGCCAGAUCACCAUGGAGAAGACCCCCAGCUACUUUGUCACCAAGGAAGCUCCACGCCGUGUGUGUGCCAUGAACUGCAGGACCAAGCUCAUUGUUGUCGUCAGGGACCCUGUGACCCGGGCUGUGUCUGACUAUACCCAGACCCUAUCGAAGAACCCAGGCCUGCCCACCUUCCAAAACUUGGCCCUUAAAAACGCUUCAGGCCUCAUUGACACAUCUUGGAGUGCCGUACACAUUGGCCUGUAUGCAAAACACCUAGAGAACUGGCUCCAGCACUUUCCCCUCUCCCACUUCCUGUUUGUCAGUGGUGAACGGCUGGUGUCAGACCCAGCUGGAGAGAUGGGCCGUGUCCAAGAUUUCCUGGGUUUGAAAAGGGUGGUGAGCGACAAGCACUUCUAUUUCAACCAGACUAAGGGCUUCCCCUGCCUGAAAAAGCCAGAGGGCAGUAAUAGGCCACGCUGCCUGGGGAAAUCCAAGGGGCGCCCCCACCCCCAGAUUCCCCUGGAUGUACUGCAAAAGCUCAGGCACUUUUACCGGCCGUUCAACCUGCAAUUCUACCAGAUUACUGGACAGGACUUUGGCUGGGACUCGUGACUGUUUGUGACAUAAUAACAGAUUAAAAUGCGAAAGCCACAGUACAGAAAACUCUUGCAUGGGGUGCCUGUCAGCAUGACAGACAGCUAGCAUUCUCAGGGAAGGAGAAUGUGAGGGAAGUAGGUCAGCUACUGAAGCCAUCAUCCUAGGUAAAUUUCCGUUCAGUGGUGCUAGAGGAACAUGGAGCCACAGCCAUGACAUCAGGUCUUUCUGGAAUCGAAGGGUAGAAACUAAACUGCUACGAUUUCCAUUUUGUCCAAGAAGAUGUACAGGAAACAUUCACCUCAAAGAGCUUAGCAACUGGUAAUACUAUGCCUCCAUAUUGAAAUUGUAUGUUGUCCCAAUGUGGAUGAUCAAAAAAGUGACAGUUAUAUUAAGCAGGGAAAAAUACAUACCUUAUUGACUUGUUCACUUUUUCUACUUGUUCACAGUAGAUUUAUUAUAUGCCUAUAACCAAAUUAGCAUGUGUGUGUGAAAGACAUGUAAAUAGUUUAUUUAUUGCAGUGUAUGUGAAUUUACAGUAAGUUAAUGAUGUUUGAUAUUACAAAGUAAAACCUGAUUAUCUUUGACGUUUGAGGAUAUUUCCUUGAACAUGGUCAUUGACAAUGAUUUCCUCCUGAAAGAAAAAUUGUUUUCAGUGAAAAGUUUUAUGUAAAUUCUCAAACUCAAGUGUAAAAAAUGUGUUUCUUCCUUGUCGGUUAUAUAACACUUUUCACAACCUUAUACCAUAUCGGUGCAUGGGUAUAUCUUGCUUUAAAAGCAUUUUUUUUCUGGACAGAUUAUAUUGUAUGUCAUGAGUAAUUUAUAUAUCAUCAAGACACAUUUUAAGUUAAAAAAUGAUAAUAUGCUGUUAGCAGGAAUUCUGUAUAGGACCAGUGAUACCUCUCUUGAGAAACUGUAACUCAGACCAACAACAAUCAUGUGAGACCCAGACUGAUGUCUAUGUAAUUUACACAUUAGUCUAUCGGAUGUCAAUGCAACAUGAGAGAAUCUAUAUACUGACAAUACCAGCUAGGUAAUUUCACACAUUGAAUACAAUUUCUCUGUGUUGAACCAUGGAAAAUAUGUAUAUGGGGAAUAAACAAU